CAGUCACUGUCUCGCGCUGCUGGGUGAUUUAUUUGCUUUUAUUUAAAGGAGGCAAACGACAAUACGUCUGUCAUCGUUGGCAUUUGGCUCUGCAAAGCGCCAUGUGGAUUUACAAAAUGCUGCUCUGUGUGGCCGUUUUAGUUUACUCAGAAACUAAGCGGCAUGCUCUGCAAGACUACGAGAAGACUGAUGGCGUGCGCUUGGUCACGCCACAUGAUUUGUCCUACAUGUUCAGAGGAUGCAAGAUGGGCGUGGGGAAGUGUGCCCGUCGCUGUAGUCGCAACAGGAAGCUCCAGUUCACCUGCAGAGCAUUCAGCUUUGAUCAGAAAAGUGCAAAGUGUCAUUUACUGUCCUACGACAGCCUCACCAUUGGUGUCCGCUUGGAGAAUGACUCCAACUUCGAUCUCUAUGAGAAGAAAGACUUUGUGAGAGAAUGCAUCGUUGGCAAUGGCCUGAACUACAAAGGGAAGAGAUCAGCAACCAAGAGCGGAGUCCAGUGCCAGCACUGGAAUUCAAAAACUCCUCAUGAACACAAUUUCUUACCCCAGAGGAACAAGCACAGAGAUCUGCGGGAGAAUUUAUGUCGUAACCCAGACAACACCACAACAGGUCCCUGGUGCUUCACCACAGACCCGAAACUACGACACCAGGACUGCAGCAUCCCGCAGUGCUCAGAGGUGGAAUGUGUGACGUGUAACGGAGAAAGUUACCGUGGACCCAUGGACCACACAGAGAGUGGCCGGGAAUGCCAGCGCUGGGACCUUGAGGAACCACACAAACACCUUUUCCACCCCAAAAGGUACCCUGAUAAAGGUCUAAAGGACAACUACUGCAGGAACCCAGACGGGCACCAGAGACCCUGGUGUUACACCACCGAUCCCAGUAUGCCAUGGGAGUACUGUAACAUCAAACAGUGUGACACAAACACUGGCGUUGACAUUGACAACACAACGGCUUGCUUCCGUGGACGCGGUGAGGAUUAUCGUGGAACGGAGGGCAUUACCCCCGAGGGAGUGACCUGCCAAAGGUGGGACGCCCAGUUUCCCCAUCGCCACGACUACAUGCCCCAAAACUACCACUGCAAGGAUCUCAGAGAGAACUACUGUAGGAAUCCUAAUGGUAGUCAUCUCCCAUGGUGCUUCACUACUGACCCCAGUGUACCAGUGGCGUUCUGCAGCAACAUCCCUCGCUGUGAAGUCACAGCCCAUGAACCUGAAGAGUGUUACACGGGCAUUGGCGACAUGUACAAUGGCAAACGUGCAAAAACCCGCUCGGGCAUCACCUGUGCUCCAUGGAAAGCCUGCAGUGAAAGUAAAGAAAGAGAUGUAGACUUGCUGACGGCUGAACAGGCGGGGAACUUCUGCAGAAAUCCAGACAUGGACAAACACGGCCCGUGGUGUUUUACCAACAGUUCUUCAAUCCCCUGGGACUACUGCUCCCUCGAACCCUGUGAACCCUCACAAAACAAUCUGCCACAGAAAGCUGAGGUGACAAAGACUUCGUGUUUUGUUCAUAAGCAGGUGAGAAUCGUCGGUGGGGGUCCCGUACCGAUUAAAGAAGGCAGCUGGAUGGUCAGCAUACAGAAGGGGAGCACUCACUGGUGCGGGGGAUCUCUGGUCAGGGAGGAGUGGGUGCUGACAGACAGACAGUGCUUCUCGUCAUGCGUGCCUGACCUAUCAGAGUACAGAGUUUGGCUCGGGACGGCCCAUCUGAACGAAUCGGGUGAGAACGACAUCAACAGGCAGGAGAGACGAAUCUCAAACGUCAUCUGUGGCCCCGAAGGCUCCAGUCUCGCCCUGCUGCGACUAACUCAACCGGCACUCCCGAGAGAGCAUGUGAGAAUUAUUCAGCUGCCCGUGGCCGACUGCAGCAUUCAGGAGGACACCAUAUGCUCCGUGUAUGGCUGGGGUGAGACCAAAGGCACCGGGCACGAGAAAACACUGAAGAGGGUUCACUUGCCCAUAGUAGGCAACGGACGAUGCCAACAGCUGCACAAAGGAGCUAUUCCAUUCAGCACUUCCAAACUGUGUGCUGGAGGAAGGAGGGAUGAAGGAGUGUGUGAUAAAGACUACGGAGGCCCGCUAGUAUGCCAAGAGAGUAACAGUAAAGUCAUCGUGGGCGUGAGCAUAAACGGCCGAGGAUGUGGCCGACACAACCGACCUGCCAUUUUUGAGAACGUGGCCUUCUAUACCGGAUGGAUCCACAAAGUGUUCAAACAUUACCCCAACUCGGAACUAAACUACUGA